GGCAUUGCGUUCAAACGCAAUACCAAACUCGCUGGGGACCAAACCGUCCAUCAGAAACCAGCGUUUUGACAACUGCGGAGAAGUUCCCAUCUUGGACGGUUGGACCCCUCAUGCUCUCAAAGCAAAAUCUCUCUUCCGUUUUACAUCAUGAAAAAACCCUAGAUUUCAUCCCCAUUUGAAUCCAGAUGAAGAAUGCUAGAAUUGUUACAACAGAGGUUAUUCAGGGUAGGAGUAAUGACAAAGCCAAGGCAGUAUGGGAUAGGAACUUAACAAUGGUAUUCUGUGAUCUUUGCAUAAAGGAAAAAGAUCAUAAUAGCAGGCCGGGAACUCAUUUUAAAAAGGAAGGGUGGUCAAGGUUGGUUGCAAAUUUCAAUAAAGAAACUGGUAAAGAAUAUGAAAAGUCACAGCUGAAAAAUAGAUGGGAUCUAUUGAAAAAAGAAUGGAAGCUGUGGAAGCAGCUCAAAGGGAAUGAAUUUGAUACAUGUUUCCGGUGGGAUCUAAGAAAGAACAAUAUUGAUGCUUCAGAGGCAUGGUGGGAAAAGAAGUUAAAGGUCGUGCCUGAGGCUGUGAAGUUCAAAAAUGGUGGUAUUGAUCCAGAAUUGGAAGAAAAAUUAGAUCGGAUGUUUCUAGGUAUACUAGUCAAUGAUGACAUAACUUUGGCACCGACAUUUGGUUUACUGCCAACUGAUGGAACUGAUGAAGAUGAAUCACCUCAAGUAAAGGUAGAGGUUGUCGCUGUGGAGGAUAUUCAAACGCCUAAAAAGACAAUAGAUGGACAUUUGAUUGAGAUAGAUAACCAUUGCAUGGAACAGAAUCCUCAGCCUCACUCUGAAUCUGAGCACCAGUCAGAGCUGCCACACGAGAAGAAGAGAUCCCAAGAGUCGGAUUCUUCUGAUCUCAACAAGGGUAAAAAGAAAGUACCAAAAUUAGUUGGCAGGGUUGCAGCACUGUCCAGGCAUAUAGAUAGAUUGUGUAGUGCAGCUGAGAGUAUGAGCACGGCAACUUCAGCCAAGUUAACUUCAGAGCCAUACAACAUUCCUGAGGCAGUUCGAUUGCUGGAUAAUAUGGAGCAAGAAGUUCCAAAGAAGAGCCAAUUGUAUUAUUUUGCCACGAAGCUGUUCCUUAAUAAAGACAAGCGGACGAUGUUUAUGUCAUUGUCAACUGAGACAAGAGCUUGGUGGCUUAAAAUGGAGAUGGAGGAGACCUCCAAGUUUGCUCAAAGGGAUCAAAUAGCAAGACAGUGAAUGCUACAAUAGCUUUAUAUAACUUGAUCUGAAUGUAUUCUGAUCAAGAUGAUGAUGAAGCUAGCAAACUUAAGGCGGGGAUGCCGUCGCAUCCAGCAUAACUAUUCUCUAGCAUCUUUUUUGUCUAUAGGCUUGUGAGAAAUGGUUCUGUUUAGAAUAUAAACGUUCUCCUUCUUUUGUCCAUAGGUUUGAUAUAUUCUUGACAGGUCUACUUGUAUAAAAGUACAAGCAAACCUAAAUGCCAGGUGUCCUAAGAUUUGAAUCCAAAA